AUGUUGAAGACGAUAGCCAAGAGCUUCACGGCCGGGUCAGAGCAGCAGCGGGCUCGUGUCCUCGACCUCUACCGAAGGCUAAUGCGUCUGUCCAAGUCCUGGACGUCGGCUACCAACGACAUCCGCCAGACCGUUGAAGAACAGGAGUACAUUAAACAGGAAGCCCGAACCCUUUUCCGUAGGAACGCCAACCUCACGGACCCACAGGCAAUUGAAGCUCACAUUCUGGAGGGUGAGUCGCGUUUGGAGUUGGCGUUGCACUACAAGAAUCCCUAUCCACGUCUGUCGAAUCUGCCGCAGUCGUCGAUGGCCGAUCGUUCGAUGAAGCGCAACCAACGCGUCAUCAACAGCUCCAUUCCGGCCUACCUCAAGUCCUACAAACCAGACGCACCUGCCAGCGCCAAGAAACCCAAGUGA